GAAAAUCAUGGCUCCUCCUGGCAAGUGGUUCGGUUGCGCAAGGUCGCCUUGUCUUCUGGUCUCGCGUCGUAACGGUCCUGCACGGCUGAGUCGAUAGCGAAAGCCACGUUACCGUCCGCCCUCUGCACUCCGUCCCUUCGUUGUGACUCCUCUCCUCCUCUCCCUGCUUCUCGCACACCGCUCGCGCCGGCUCCUAGGGAAUCAGCACCCACAGACACGCACACGCACACGCACCCUGCCGCCCGAACCUACUAUGUCAGCCGGCCGUCCGGGAUCAUCGCAACAACCGGCCGUGUCUUGCCGUCUUCCGUUUGUCCAAUAGUCGUCCAAUCCGUCUGGGAUCGUUCGUCACAGCAUGGCGGGGCGGGCGUCGCGCUCCUCCGCCUUCCCCUCCUCCGCCUCCACCUCUUCCGCCUCCGCCGCCGCCUUCCCCUCUUCCGCCUCCGCCUCCGAGCUUCCCCGCCCCGACUCCUCCCGCGCCACUGCCCGCGACGAUCCGCGGUUCUCCGCGGUGCCCCCGUGCCCCAUGCUCUACGCCGUGCUUCCCGCCGCCUCCGACCCGCUUCCCCCGCUCCCCUCCGCGCAUCCGCGCGCCUCCUCCCCCACCAGCAACGCGCGCAACCCGCACGGCGCAGCUGGGCUUGGCGGGGCGGCGAAGGGGGGAAGGGGAGCGCACGCGCGGGCGAAGUCUUGGGACGUAGGGGCGGGGGCGGUAGGCGGGAAUGAGGGGGGAGUAGCGGCAUUCGCGGGGGGAGUUGCGGUGCCCCGGCUAGUGCCUGUCAUGCUGACGUCACUGUCGCUCACUGUGGAGUGCUUGAUGACGACAGCAACUGUUAGUGUGCAGGGCACGUGGGAAUUGGGGGAGUAUGCGAGGGGGCGCGGCGAGGGGGGGGAGCGGGAACGGGGAGGCGAAGGGGGAGGCGAAGGGGAGGAGCAGCAGCGGUGCUGCGACUGCCUCUUUGUGCUGCCCAUGACUCACAGGGGCUAUGUGACAGCAGUGGAGGUGACCUUAGCCGAUGGAAGGUUCCUUGCAACUGCAGUGGUCCCAGCACACGAGGCAGAGGCAGCGUGCCGGGCGAGCCAAGAGCGGGCAGCUGCCGCCCACUCAGCCGCCCAGCCCCCGCCGCCCAAGCCGGCUCGCUCCUCCUUCCUACGGCUGUCUUCUGCUGGCUUUAGCAGGAGUGGCAGCAGCAGGCAUCGGUGGAGGAGCCAAGGAGGGGUGGGGGAUGGGGAUGGGGGGGUUGGGGCGAGUAGGGAGGGCGAGUGGGUUGAGGGCAGUGGGAAGAAUGGUAGUGUGAGUGCGAGCAUGGAGGGAGGAGUAGGUGCGGGUGAAGGUGGGGGUGGUGAGGGUGUUGAGAGUGAUAGGAGAAGAUGGGGAGGGGAGGAGGAGGAGGAGGAGGUGGAGGUGGAGGGGAGUGGAGGGAUGCGGUGUGUUCCCAGGCGCCAUGCAGCAGUGUUGCUGGAUGACAGCGACGUGCACACGCCGCACAUGCUCAGACUCACAAUACCCAAGGUACCGGAGGGCAGCAGUGUGCGCGUGCAUGCCACAUACGUGGAGGCCAUGGUGGGGCGGCACGGAUACAGCGAGGUGCGCGUGCCACUGACGGUGCCCGUGGCGUGCGUGGCGGGCGACAUGGCGGUGCAGGACGUGGUGCGCGUGAGCUGCACCAUCAACAGCGGGCUGCAGCGGCCCAUGAAGAUCGGCGACUUCAACCACCCCAUGAAGGUGGUGUUUGUGGACAUGGGGCGAGCCACGUUCGUGGGCCAUCCCAGUGACGAGGACCCGCACGCCUGGCCCAAUGCUGACUUCACCACCUCCUUCCAGGUGGUGACGGAGGACGUGUUUGCAGCAGUUCUGGUCCAGGCGCCUCUCAUCGGAGACCCCGACACGCGUGCCUCCUUCGCCCUCUCCAUUGCUCCUCCCGACCCCGCUCAUUUCUCGGUGUUCAGCCGGGCAGUGGUGUUUAUUCUAGAUAGCGAGACCGGCCUGAGAGGAAAGCCCAUGGAGGAGGCGCGCAAGGCCGUGGCAGCCGCUCUCAAGCGUCUCCAACCACACGACUCGUUCGCAGUGGUGGCGUUCGACUACGAGCUGCUGCUGCUGGCGGAUGAACUCGAGGCUGCCACCCCGGAGGCUGUGCGGCGCGCAUGCAAGUUCGUGCUGCAGGCGCACGACUGGGACCAGCCCACCAGCGUGCUCACUCCGCUGCAGCUGGCGUUCAGCAUGCUUCGUGGCCACACGGCCGCCCUGCAGCAGAUCGUCAUCAUCACGGACGGGCCGGUGAGGGCGGAGCGCCGGGUGUGCCGCUUCGUGCAGGACGCGCUCGCGGACUGGGGGCCCAACGCCCCGCGCAUCUUCACCUUCGGCAUCGGCCCGUCAGUGAAUCUCUACUUCCUCACGUGGCUCGCUGCUGUCACCCGAGGCUCCUCUCAGGUCACCCGCAAUCCAGGCAGCGUGCGCCGGCGCCUGGAUCGAAUGCUGCAGGCGGUGGCCCAACCUCUCGUCACCAAUAUUGCCAUCCGGGACCUGCCGCCCGGCUGCGAGCUGUAUCCAUACCCCAUCCCGGACCUGUACGCGGCGGCGCCCGUGGUGGUGACGGGCAAGAUGGGCGACGAUGCAGGGGAGGGGGGAGGCGGGGUGCCGCUGCACGUGGAGCUGAGGGGCGUGCUGGCCAGCGGCGCACCCUGGAAGUUCAGAGCUGCUCUCUCCGAUGCCGGCAACCUGCCCCUCUGCUCUGUGGGGGCGCGCGAGCAGGUGGACAUCCUCACAGCCGAGGCGUGGCUCCACGGCAACAAGCAGCUGGCGCACGAGGUAACUGCCAUGAGUGUGUCGGCCUCGGUGGUAUCAGAGCACACGCGUAUGCUGCUGGUUGACACCACUCGCCCUCUGCUCGAUCAGAUACACUGCGAUUGCCUGCAGAGCCAGCUGAAACCUAUACACCACUACAUUCACUCGCCCACCGCUCCUGUCACCAUGGUUCCGGGCCUCACUGCUGGGUUCGGAGGCACUGCGGCCCGCCCUGCUCCAGCCAAACCAAAUGGCGAGGCUCGGGGCCAGCAGCAGCGACGGCACAGCCGCAUGAAUUCGUGUGUGUCAGUGGGCGAGUGGGAGGAUGAGGAUGAGGACGAGGGGGAGCGUAGGCACAACCGAUUGCUCGUACCCCCGUCGUCAUUAUCGCAAGCCAUUCUAGGAAGUGUGCUCUCAUGUUACCGUCCAAAAUUCAAGUAACCCUCAGCUUUGGCCGUUGCCCAAAUGAGAAUUUAUUACUCUUCUGGAAAACUGCUCGCACUAAGAGCGUGUUCCUACGAGCCUCUUCCUAGGCAACCACUUCCCAGACUCACGCGCCCCUUGAGAGCGUGUUCUCAGGACUACUU